GGAUGCUCUUAGUAUACGGGAAUUAUUCAGUUGGGAGUGAUUUAGUACACAUCGGUGGGAUAUUACCAGCAGACUUACUUGGAAUAUCCAAGUGAUGACUAAAUUUCUGGCGGUUUUGGUGAUUUUUGCGGUCGUCAAAAGUUACCAUUAUGGAAGCGCAGAAGAGAGCAUUUUGGAGCAGGGAAAACUUGCCGUCAUUGGAGCAAUUGCUAAAGCUAAGGAAAUUGCCGACCGUGGCAUAAGCGUCAAAUCGGAGCGUCAACAGUCGUAUGACAUCUUCGGCUUGAAAUUUGGCACCAACAAUGGGAUCGAAACUGGAUUCGGUGAUGCAGCUACGGAGAAAAAUCUUGAAAAAAUUGAGGACGACUUGUUUAGGCGCAGAAAACGCUCACUGGCCGUUCUGGAAGCUUUGAAGGCAGCAGGACUGUUCAGUACCAACUCUGCUGUGGGAACCAAUGUGAAUAUUGUAAAGAUUAACAGCGUUUCCAAUGUGAACAACUAUGGGCCGACAACAACUCCGGAGGCUACGACCGAAAGCGCGAAGCGAAGAAGGCGAUUGAUUGGCGACAGUCGGAAUCCAACCAUAUAUGGUGAACUGGAAGAAAAAGUCUCGUACACAAGCAGCGACCUCCAGAUGGAUAAAAAUGCUAAGUUCCAGUCUCAUACAAAAGGCGGUACCCAAUCCAAGCAUCUAGUUCAAAUGGAGCAAAACGAAAUUGAGGGUCCCAUUGUGCGUAACCGAAGAUCACUUGACGAGAAGAACGAUCCAGAAAAAGUCAAACUUGAUGAUUGGAUUGAAGACGACACGGGUAAAAUUUUCGGUGCUCAAAGAAUGAAAAGAGCUUUAGUCCUAAGUAAGUAUGAGAACAAAAUAUCGUACUUUCAAAGUGACUCUGAGGCUAAGUCUGAUGGUUCUACAAAAACUCACACCUUUACCGGAUCACGCGAAUCAAAAUUGAGCAAAAUUUCUGAAGAACCCGGUUUGAGCAGAGCGAAGCGUUCUCCUCAGGAUAUGGAUUCAGAUGUAAUGCCAACCGAUCUGCCUCCUCAAAACGGCACCGGUGGACCACCGAGGGGACCUCCUCCUGGAGAAGGAGGUAAAGGCGGUGGUGGAGGUGGACGAGGUCGUGGUGGUCCUGGAGGACCUGGCAGAGGCAAAGGAAGACGUCCUCCUUGUCCACCACCAUCCGAAGAAAACACCGAGGAAGCAUCCGAUGGUCAGCGACGAAAACGUGAAGUUCACCAAGGAAAUCAAAGCGAUUCCAGUUAUUAUAGCAAUUCAUUGAGUAGCGAAGAAGGGUCACGCAGAAGGAAGCGGGAAAUUGAUGCCAAUGCUGACAAUGGAAACGGGGCUGUAAGCGAUUCCAGUUUCUACAGCGAUUCACUGAGUAGUGACUCCAGUGGGUCGUCAAGUGAAGAAUCAGAUCCGAACACCGGAGCUGAAGAGACAACAGAAGACGACUCGCAGCGAGUAAAACGUUCACCUUGCAAAGGCGGAAGCCGUCCAACCACACCUGCUCCGGGAGGUAUGCGGAGAAGGAAACGUGAAGCAGAAUCACAGUCAGCAGAAGUUGAAAAUGUAAAUGAAAAAGUAGAUCAAAAUUUGUCGUUUUUCACGGACGUGAUGGAAAAGUUUUUCAAAGCUGUGAAGAAAGUAGCCGAUACGGCCAAACAGGUGUUUAACGGUGGCAGGCGAGAUGCAGAAGGUAGCAAUCCUAAUGCAGAAACAAUUUAGUGUUUGAUAAGGCAGUUUUUUUUUUAAUAAAAAAUGGGUUUUCUAGUUCUGUUA